AUGUUUGCAGCUGAGUAUAAAAACUUUCACUAUGUUACCAAAACAGUAUACAAGGGAAUCAAAGAAAUGGAAUAUGAAAGAAAUAAACUAACAAUUGAACAAUGGGCAAGAUCAAUAUAUGGUAAAUUUGCAGUAGUUGAAGCUUGUAAAUUUUUAAGAUUAGUUUAUGGAAACGAAGAAACAAUUAAUACAUUCUCACACAUACCACAAGCAGUAUAUUUUGCGGCAUUAAUUGUAUGGUGCUAUGAAAUUAAGAGAGAUUGUCGAAACGUUGAGAUGAAUAGCGAAAGAAAUGACAAUGUUGAACGUGAUAAAAUUAAAUUGGAUGCAAGUAAAUAUUUUGACCUUCUUGGUAACAUUCAUUAUGAAUUAUCAAGAAGUGAUGCUUGGGAAUAUUUUUCAAUGAUUUUGGAUUUGGAAAGUGACUUGAAUGAUGAUAAUCUAGACGAGAAAAAUAAUAAUCAAGACUUUAUUGGUAGAAAUGCUUAUGAGGAAUUUAAAGAAAGACAAAUGAAUACCAUUGGAGUUGUUUGUUAUGUGUUACAUCUAUUGAGAAAUUGUAAAUGGGUCUACUCGAUAGAUUUGGUCCAGCAAUUGGAACAUGUUAUUAUAACGUAUGAGAAAAUAUAG